GGCGGAGAAGGAGAUUUCAAAGGAGGGAUUUGCUCUAUCUGUUGGUGGUGUAUGCUCCCUCUAGUCCCCCCUCCCAUUUGGACAUCCUCCUUUUUAUUGUGUUUUCUGCAUCAGUGACAAACCGACAAAAGGCAAAGAAUGCACUGCAGACUGAGUUUGGGAUGCCCCAGGGUGAGUGUAGGCCUCGAUGUGAGACUACCCAGGACUAGAGCCUUGCUGCUGGGCUUGCUCCUCACCCUGCUGGGCUGGCUCCCUCCACCAGCCUAUGCAGAGGUGGAGAUCGAUGUGCUGGGUGAGAUGGUGUUAAUGGAAGCAGGUGGAGAAAGUGAGAGGGGACAGGGAAGAAGCGAGCUGGAGGCCUCCAUGCACUCCUCGCUCCUUGGGGACUUCCAGGAAGUGAUAGAAAGCAUCCGAGCCGCAGAGACUGGUGACACGGCUGCGACUCAGCAGAACGAGGCGACACCCACCGCCUUCCCAGACUCCUCAGCAGUGGUGGGUCGGAUCUUCCAGAUGAAGGUGCCAAACAAGACGGAGGACGUUUCCCUGGGCGAUAUUGUCCAGAUUACUGAGAUGGGGAAGGAUUCCCUCCCUGCCUGGCUCCAUUGGGAUACCAACAGCAGAGUCCUGCAGGGUCUGCCUUUGGAGGAAGACAAGGGUGUCCAUUACAUCUCUGUGUCCAUCUCCAACCACACAAAAUCCUCCUCUUCUUCAGACGUCUUUUCCAUUGAGGUACACCCUGAAGAUCAUUUGGACCCAGAUUCAGCCCAGCUGGCAUCCAACCAAGCUACCACCGAAGACGACAUCCAGCCGUUCAUGUGCGGCAGCGAGGAGCCCGUCACAGUGUUGACAGUGAUCCUGGAUGCUGAUUUGACCAAAAUGAGCCCAGAGCAGAGGGUGGAGCUCCUGGAUAACAUGAGAAGCUUUUCUGGGGUGGAGCUCCAGCACAUGAAGAUCCUCCCUGUGGUCAACAAUCGGCUGUUUGACAUGUCUGCAUUCAUGGCAGGGCCAGGGAAUGCCAAAAAGGUGGUGGAGAAUGGUGCUCUGCUGUCGUGGAAGCUCGGCUGCUCACUGGACCAGAGCACAGUCCCAAAUAUCAACAGUGUCCAGGGUCCUGCAAAGGAAGGCACAAUGUCAGCCAAGCUGGGCUACCCUGUGGUGGGAUGGCACAUCGCCAACAAGAAACCCCACGUCCCUAAGCGGGUCAAGCGCCAAUUAAACAACACUCCAACACCUGCUCUCUCACUGCCUCCUCCAACUACUGUAGUGGAGCCUCCAACAAGAAUUAUCCCAACACUCUCUUCUCCAUCAAUUGCUGCACCAACUGAAAGUUCUGCUCCCCCUGUAAGAGGCCCUGUUCCCCUGCCAGGCAAGCCUACAAUCAAAGUCCGUGACCCUAUUGCCCACACUCCAACCUUAGGACCCCCUCAACCAACAAAGGUAAUGGAGACAACAAGCACUGUUCUCAUUCAGCCAACCAUGACAAGGCCUAUUCAUGUGGAACCCACUCCCACACCACCCACACCUACCAAAAGACCUACCAAGAAGCCCAGGAGGCCCAAAACCACACCAGCACCCAAAGAGACAAAGCCCACCACAGCUAAGCCGUCCAGGAGCACCACACCAUCGCCUGGUGUCAUCCCAGAUCCAUUCAAUGAGAAGCCUGUCUUGCGUAACCCUAUUGACCAGGUCAAUGCACUGGUGGGCACCUAUUUCGAGGUUAAGAUCCCAUCGGACACAUUCUUUGAUAAAGAGGAUGGGACAACGGAUAAGCUGCGCCUCACCCUGAGACAGAACCUCAAAGAAGUGGUUGGAGAGGGCUCCUGGAUCCAGUUCAACUCCACCAGCCAGCUUCUUUAUGGCCUGCCUGAUGUCCAACAUGUGGGAAAACAUGAGUACUUCAUGCAGGCAACUGACAAAGGUGGCUUGAAUGCAAAUGAUGCUUUUGAGGUGCGUGUGAACCGCUGGCCCAUCAAUGACAAGACGCCUGUGAUCUUCACAGCUCGAUUUGAAGGUGAGCCACGUUCAGUAACAAACGAUAUCCACAAGAAGAUCCUGCUGGUCAAGAAGCUGGCAUAUGCACUGGGAGACCGCAACAGCAGCACAGUGAGUCUCCGGAAUAUCAGCAAAGGGUCCAUCAUGGUAGAGUGGACAAACACCAGCCUUCCACAGCACCCGUGUCCGAAGGAACAACUCUCAGUGAUGAGCAGGACACUUGCCAGUGCUGACGGAAGGCCCUCGCAGACCUUCAGGUACACCAUGGGGCCUGAAUUCUUACCUAUGGACGUCAUGGUCAAGGGAAGGGCGAGCUGUAAAACAUAUUCCUUCAUCCCGCCAGGAGAGAUUGAUAUACCUGAAACAACAGCGGUCACUCCAGCUCUGGGAACAGGCCGGCAGAGCACAGACGACGUCUAUCUCCACACAGUCAUUCCCGCUGUGGUGGUUGCAGCAAUCUUGCUAAUAGCAGGUAUCAUUGCAAUGAUUUGCUACAGGAAGAAAAGAAAGGGCAAACUAACCAUCGAGGACCAGGCCACCUUCAUCAAGAAAGGUGUGCCUAUUAUUUUUGCUGAUGAGCUUGAUGACUCUAAGCCACCUCCAUCUUCCAGUAUGCCCUUGAUUCUUCAGGAAGAGAAGCCACCACUUCCACCCCCCGAAUACCCCAACAUGGCCGUGCCAGAGACCACUCCCCUCAACCAGGAGCUGCUGGGGGAGUACACAGCUCUGCGGGAUGAGGACCCCAACGCACCUCCCUACCAGCCACCACCUCCCUUCACCGCUCCCAUGGAGGGCAAGGGCUCCCGUCCCAAGAACAUGACUCCCUACAGAUCUCCACCUCCCUAUGUGCCGCCCUAAGACUUGUUUAACUCUCCCCUCACAGGGUGGAGGGAGAGGACGCCUGAGGUACUGUAACGGUUUCCAUUCUGGUGUUUGUCUGUCUGGACAUUUACAGGGAGAGAUGACAAGAGGUGCUAAAGUACACAACAGCUACAGGGGACUUUGGUUUGGGAGGGGGAGUGUUGAGUCAGGUGGGGUUUUACUGCAGCCAGAUGGGACGAUUGGUUGAAACAGCUGGGAGGGACUACUGUGUUGGUGGUAGCCCAGCUACUACAGUGGCCUAGGACCAACAAAUUCUUGUCGCAUUGGCUUUCAAGUCAACCAGUUGACAGUUGGGAGACGAGCGCUCCCUUCCCAGCAUUUCAUUAGUUUUUCUGUUGAUUUGGAUACUGGCUUUUAAUUAGCCUUUUCAUUCUCAUCCCAAGUUUAUUAUCAUUUCUUCCCAUCUGGACUGAACUAUAACAGCUUUUCUUUUGUCUUGCUUUAAAACGAUACAAGAAGACAGUGAACUGCCAUCAGACCACUGCAAGCACCAACUCGUGUUUUUACGGUGGAGAAAGAGAAUCUGUGAAAACACCUGACACAAGGAUCUCCGAUCACCCCUGCAGACGACACAAAGGAAUGGGGGGGGCGAGGUGUGUGCGUGUGAACGAGUGGGUGUGUUUAUUCAGACUCAAUACGGUUUGCCUUUUAACACUAGUUGUCUGUUUCUAUCCUUAUUCACAAUGUCUAGUAAAGAUGAGAAUAACAAGGUAGCCUAAACAGAUUUAGAGAUGAAUAAUAAAGUCUUUUUUGUUUUAUUGGUUUUAAAAUUCACUGUAUAUCUGGAAGAUGUUCUGAUAGACUCUAUUAUAUUUUUGGCGGUGGAGGGGGGGACUGCCUCACUAAAAUAACCUGCAGGAGCUUUUUAUUCCUGUUUGGUUUGGCAGUGUAUCAGUUACAAGCCAUUAGAUGAAAAUCCCAUCUUCCUACCCUCAGCAGAUCCAACAGGCUCAGCAGCAGCAACUGCUGUUUUUAUGUAAAGGUAAUAAUUUACUGUAGGUAACUUAUGAAUGAAGAGAUUAAUGUAGAUUUGGAAGCAAAAUAUAUAGUUGGGUGGAUUUCAGUUCAUGCAAUUUGACCUUAAGGUUAAUGUCACGACAGUGAACAUGCCAUUUCUGCCCUGUUCUACAAACAGUACAUACCACACCCUGAAACAGGAACAAGAGCCCUGCGGUGUAUUUUGGCCCUUGGAUAAUUAUUUUUUUAUGUAACGAGGCAGUUCUUCUCUCCAGCUUGAGGAGAGACAUUGUGUGCCAUGGAGACCGUCCAAGAUUGGACUGUACAGAUGUUCAGAGGAGGCGACGCAGGCAGCGAUUCAGAAGACACAACCUUGAAUUUACAGUAAUUGCUGAAAGACGGUCAAUGAAAAUCCAUUUUUUUACAGAGCUUUUGAUACAGCCUCAAAUUGUUUGACUAUUAAAAGAAAACAUGAUUAA